AUGCACAGCCGAUGCGGAGUUAACGAAAACCGCCUCAACACUCUGCACCCCCUUCGCGUAGCCUUCCGGAACUAUCCGUCGUUGUCCCCGGGCCACCUAGAGCGGAAUAAACAGAGACACGCUAAGCUCAGAAAGUAUGAGCAUGCUCUUACUUCUGUACACUUCUUCUCGAGUGCUCCGUGGUUUUUAUGGGCUGUCAAGCUCAACUUGCUGCAUAAUGUGCAGUACGGUAACCAACGCAUGAUCUUGGACAAGCAAUUUAAGAGAGAGUACCUCGCCGUCCCCAAGAACGGGGGAGCCGGGGGGAUCUGUCCAGACUGGUGCUCCAGGAUGGACUCCCAACAACGCGCUGAACCAAAGUGGAGGAAAGGCAAGUCACCCAGUCUAGCCAUCUGA